UUAUGAAACCUCUGGGACCGUGUAUAAAAUUUCAUGCCAACGGGGCUCAUUAAAAAUCAUCAUAACCACAUGUGAGCCUAAGCGGUUCCCAGAAAAAACUAACUGCACAUUCGGUGCUAUAGCAACUGGUCAAUUUAGCAUUUUUUGUUUUCGUGUAGAAAAGAAAAGAAAAAAGAAACAAAUGAAAGCGCAAUCUCUUCGGAAGAUACCCGCCCCUGAGGUCCAAUGCAGGUGACGGGACGUCUUAAAACGGCAAAAGGAAAACAGCAUCUGACGAAUCUGCGGUUGGCAACGUAGACGUCUGGUCGAGGCCGGCAUCAGGAAGCUCCCCUUGCCCGGAGUCGGGGCCUAUCUAUCUCGGUGUCUGGGAAGGUCUCCGCGAGCCGGAGCUGUGCCGAGAUCAUGAAUGACUGGAUGCCCAUCGCCAAGGAGUAUGACCCGCUCAAGGCGGGCAGCAUCGACGGCACGGACGAGGACCCGCACGACCGCGCCGUGUGGAGGGCCAUGCUGGCCCGGUACGUCCCCAACAAGGGCGUCACGGGGGACCCGCUGCUCACCCUGUUUGUGGCCCGGCUGAACCUGCAGACCAAGGAGGACAAGCUGAGGGAGGUGUUCUCGCGCUACGGCGACAUCCGGCGGCUGCGGCUGGUGAGGGACCUGGUGACCGGCUUCUCCAAGGGCUACGCCUUCAUCGAGUUCCGGGAGGAGCGCGCCCUGCUCAAGGCCUACCGCGACGCCGACGGGCUGCUGGUGGACCAGCGCGAGCUCUUCGUGGACUACGAGCUGGAGCGCACGCUGCGGGGCUGGGUGCCGCGGCGGCUGGGCGGCGGCCUGGGCGGCAAGAAGGAGUCGGGGCAGCUGCGCUUCGGGGGGCGUGACCGGCCCUUCCGGAAGCCCAUCAACCUGCCGGUGGUCAAGGGCGACCUCUACCGAGAGGGCAAGCGGGACCGGAGGGAGCGGUCCCGGUCCCGGGAGCGACACUGGGAGUCCAGGGCCAGGGAGCGGGACCACGACAGGGGCCGGGAGAAGAGGUGGCCCGAGAGAGAGCCAUCCAGGGCGUGGCCUGAGAACGACUGGGAGCGGGACCCUAGGGAGGACAGGCCCAGGGGGAGGGAGAAGAGGGACCGAAGCAAGUAGAGGCCCGGCGGGGGACAGGGCACAGGACAGGGGCAGGCUGUACUCAAUAAAGCACGAAUAAAGCUUACUGAUGAUGGGGUUUGGAGCCCAGGUAUUUCCAGGCCGGAGCCGAGGUUCAAGGUGGUGUUCUGAACCUGUCACCUUCACCACCUCUUUCGUCUGCCUUUUUUUUUUUUUUUAAUAUAUAUUUUUGUUGUUGAUGGACCUAUAUUUUAUUCAUUUAUUUGUAUGUGGUGAGGAACCCAGUGCCUCACACACUUGCUAGGCAAGUUCUCGACCACUGAGCCCCAGCCCCAGCCCUUCACCACCUCUUUCUAAAGACAGAGUUUUGUCUUGUCUUUGGCAGUGCUGAGAAUGGGACCCAAGGCCUGGUACCUGCUGGGCAAACGCUUUACCCUGAGCCAUAUCCCCACCAAUCACUGUUAUUUAACAGGAUGGAGAAGCAGUUCUGCUGCUGGUCACAUUUGUACAGCAGGCUCUUGUGAGCAACCACCUUUCUGCUUUCAUUUGCCUGUAGAGAAUUUGUCUUGAUUUUCUCUUUGAAAUUUCUUUUUCAAAAUGUUAUUUUGUAGUUGUAAUUGGACACAAUAUCUCUAUUCUUAUAUGGUGCUGAGGAUUGAACCCAGCACCCUGCAUGUGCUAGGCGAGCACUCUAUGGCUCAGCCCCAGCCCCAGCCCUGAGUUUGUUUGUUUGUUUGUUUUUAAUUUUUGGUUGUAGAUGGGCACAGUACUUUUGUUUAUUUAUUUAUUUUUUAAUUUUUAAAAUUGUUUUAGUAGUAGAUGGACACAAUACUUUCAUUUUAUUUAUUUAUUUUAUGUGGUGCCAGAUUGAACCCAGUGCCUUACACAUGCUAGGCAAAAGCUCUACCACUGGGCUGGGGAUGUGGCUCAAGCAGUAGUGCGCUCGCCUGGCAUGCGUGUGGCCCGGGUUCGAUCCUCAGCACCACAUACAAAUAAAAUAAAGAUGUGGUGUCCACCGAGAGCUGAAAAAUGAAUAUUAGAAAAUUCUCUCUC